GACCGGAUGUUCGUUUUUUUCUGAAAUUAGAUAGAGAAGAUAGAACAGAGACGCAGCUAUGCUGAGGGGACAGCAAAGAGGAUGUGACCACUGUGGGACGUACGAAUCCGCGGAUAAACAGAAUCCGGACGCAGGACGCAUCGAGAAUAUGGACAGCCCCUGGCCAGAAACGACAGUGCAACCCGUUCGCAUAGACGUGUUUAGUUUGCAGGAUGAUUGAUUUUACUUUUGGGGCGGUGUUGUGGCCAGAGGCGACGUGGCCCGGGCGGGCGAUGACGGGAUCAAUGAAAAUGUCAGUCCACGCAAUGUCAGGAAAGGCCAAGGCUUUGUACGCAACACUCUGCCACGCGACCACAGGGCGAGUGAAGAAGUCAAUCGUCUCGAAAACUGGAUCCUCCACAAUUCCCGCGACGAAAUGGUCGAGACCGCUCCGCUGGUCACUGUCGAGAGGGGUGGCCGAGGCUCGAUAGGAAGAUUAUCCACCGAUGCAUGUGCAGACGGGCACGCGGGGCACGCGCAAGCGGAUCGAAUUGCUGCGCUGGCAUGCGUCCUCGCCGGUGUCGUCCACACUGGUCUGCAACCUUGAUCAGAGGUGGGCUGCGAUGGGAAACAGCUGAGAUUGGCUGAGGUAGUGUAGGCAUAGGUUUCGCAGGCUGUGCUUACGCG